CUUGUUCGAUUGAAGUUUUCUCUUCUCUUUCGUUGAUAUUUUGCUGAAUUUGAUUGUAUAUAUUACUAUUAUUGCAUGUAAUUGUUGGCUAUUUUGUGGUUUCCCCAAUUUGAUGGUAUAUAUUGCUAUUAUUGCUUGUAAUUGUUGGUUAUUAUUGCCUGUAAUUGCUUUGACAUGAGUAGAAUACAAUCGCCAUGACACGUGAAAUCGAAUAAAUGCAAGUUUUGAACUUAUGAUACUUGGAACUUUGGAAGGGGUUUUGAAGCAGAACUUUCCUUGUCAUCAUAAACUGAUUGCUGAGGAACUUAGGUAGUGGCCAAUCUUGAAUGGCUUUUAUCGUCUUAGGUUGAAGGCAGUUAGUCUCUGAAUACUACAUGAAGGGUAAUUUGUAUUCAUAUUUUUAUUUUCUCCAUUAUAUUAUUGAUUUGCUGCCAAAAUAAUAAUAAUGAUUUGGUUAUUAUAAAUUUUGAGACAUUGUAAUUUGUUUAGAUGAUUCCAACAAUCUUGAGCAAUUGGGUUGAUGUAUAUUGUAUAAUGUUCAUGUGGAUGUAUUGGAUGUGUUGUAUUAGCUCUAAUCCUUUGGUAGCUUAUUCCCAUCAAGUAGUUUGUCUCUAGACUGCCUUGAAUCUGCUGCUCUUUUUUUUUUUUUUUCUUUUUUUUUUCUGAAGACUGUAAUGCAAAACUGAAUGCUAUUGAAGGCCAAUCUAUAGUUUUGUUGCUAGACAGUUCAUAUGAGCAGAGAGCUUAGUCAGAAUCUGAUUUCCAACUCUGAAUAAGGAGUUUAUUAUUUUGAUGUUAUUUGUGAUACUAGUGUAUAUUGAUACUAUUGUAUAUUUUUUGGACUAGUUUUUCAAGAUUUCUACAAUGCCCCGACUUAUGCGUUCCACAAGGAAGAAAAAGCUAAAACAAAUACAACUAGUUAUUUCAAUGAUUAUUAUUAUUUUGAUGAUGUAUUGGAUGUGGCAUAUGAUGUGUGUUGUUACAAUAAAGGGUGUUCAAUUGAAAGAAAGAAAAAGAAACAAAAAGUUGCUACGAAUGUUAGUUUUGAGAGGGCUUUAUAAAGAGAGUGAUGUGAAAUGCAAGAGUGAGCUUCGCGUUAAUAGAAGAACUUUCAAUAUUAUUUGUGAGAUGCUUAGAGACAUUGGGGGUUUGAGUGGAACAAAAAAUAUGUCACUUCAAGAGAUCGUAGCCAUGUUUUUAUACACGUUGGCUCACCAUAAGAAGAAUAGGUCUAUUGGACAAUAUUUCUUUAGAAGUGGAGAAACCGUGAGCCGACAAUUUUACCUUUGUCUAAGGGCUCUUCUCAAAUUACAUGAAGUAUUACUUUACAAUCCCACACCAAUAUUGGAUGAUUGUGAAGAUGAAAGGUGGAAAUUUUUCAAGAAUUGUUUAGGGGCAUUAGAUGGGACUUACAUUAAUGUAAAUGUUCCUUCACAAGAACGACCAAAGUAUAGAACAAGAAAAGGAACAAUUGCUAUGAAUGUAUUGGGUGUUUGUGCACCCAAUUUGCAAUUUAUUUAUGUUCUUCCUGGUUGGGAGGGUUCGGCCCAUGAUAUGCGUGUACUUCGCAAUGCUCUCUCUAGACCAAACGGUUUUAGGGUAACUCGAGGUAAGUGAAGCUCAUUCUUUUGUGAAUGUAUAAGUUUUGUUAGUUUUGGUAGGUAGUAAUCCUUUCCUUUAAUAACUUUGAAGGUAAUUAUUAUUUGGUUGAUGCGGGAUAUACGAAUUGUGAGGGUUUUCUUGCUCCAUAUAGAGGUCAAAGAUACCAUUUAAAAGAAUGGACGGAUCGACAACCCGAAAGUGCCGAGGAGUUCUAUAACAUGAAACAUGCUAGGGCGCGAAAUGUGAUUGAGAGAUGUUUUGGCCUACUUAAAGGAAGAUGGAGUAUUCUUAGAAGCCCUUCAUUUUUCCCUAUAAGAACUCAUGGACGUAUCGUGAUGGCUUGUUGCUUAUUGCAUAAUCUACUUAGAAAAUUCAUGCCUACCGAUGAUAUAAACGAAGAUGAAUUGAAUGAAUCCGAUGAUGAUUCCGAAAGUGAUUCCGAUGAUGAAAGGGAAUUUAUUACAAGUGUUGCUACUUCAGAUCAUUGGACCAAUUUUAGAAACAAAUUAGCCCAAGAUAUGUUUAAUGAUUGGAGGGCGAGAGGUAGACAUGGUCAAUAGCAAAAAAUGAUGGAGGCUAGCAAUCGAGGAAGAGGUAAAAAUAAAAGGUAUUGGACGUAUGAAGAAGAUGCGGUUCUAAUAAGAUAUUUGCAUGAGUUGAGUUGCGAUCCGAAGUGGAAGUGUGAGAAUGAGUUUAAUAAUGGUUACAUGAAUAAGUUGGAAGAGAUGAUCAAUGGUGUACUUCCUAAUUGUGGCUUGAGAGCGGUUCCCCACAUUGAGUCGAGGAUCAAGCAUUGGUCGGAGAAAUAUAGUGCAUUUGCAGAAAUGUUAUCUACCUCAGGAUUUGGAUGGGAUGCUGAAAAGAAAUUGUUGCAAGUAGACAAGGUCGUGUACGAUGAAUGGGUGAAGACUCAUAAGAAAGCUAAAGGGUUGUUUAGAGUUCCAUUCAUUCACUAUGAAACUCUUGCGGAGAUAUACGCAAAAGACAAAGCUACCGGAGAUGCAAGUGAGUCGUUUGUUGAUGCUAUAGAAGAAAUGGAUCAAGAGAUUGAUAAGCAACCAUUCAAUGUCCAGAGUGAUGAAGAAGAUGAUGUGAAUUCUACUCAUUCGGACACUUAUUCUUCUACAAGUCAAUCCGGAAAACGCCCCAUGAAGAUAGAGGAUGAUCAUAUAACUCCUUCAAAAAUGGCAAAAGUGAAGGCUUCUACAAUUCAUUCUUCCGCAAGUGAUUCUACUACUCAAUCCGGAAAACCCUCUAUAAAGGCAAAGGAGACUAAGGUGAAAGGAAAGAACAAGGUAAAUUUGAAGAGUUUGUGUAGGAAUGAUGAUGAUGAUUUGGUGGCCUCCCUCCGUGAUUGUUCCAACAAUUUUGGGAAGAUAUUUGAAAAUAUCAAUGUUAAUCUCGGGACUAUGGCUAGUGCAUGGUCUAAAGCGGAAGAAAGGGAGCAAAGGAUGGAUGAAAAGGUGAACAAGGUAUUGGACGAGGUGAUGAAGUUAGAUGGCAUUUCUCCAUCCGAAGCUUUAGAGGUUGCUACUAUUCUCAUGGCGGAAGAACAUAAGCUUCGCAUCUUCUAUCAAGCACCAUUAAAUAUGAAAAAACAAUAUGCAAUUGAUCUUCUUAAGAAGUAACAACUUGAGCAAUGUCUUUGUUUUUUUGUUAAACAUAUGCAACUUGAGCAAUAUAGGUUAUGUCUUAGGAUUAUUCAUA